GCAGAAGGAGAAGCCACGCUAGUGAGAAGAAGGAAAAAGUUGCAUCUUCAUGUCACAUACUGCACUUAUGGCCGGGACCCGGGGCUCCACUGGGGAAGAAGAGGAGAUGUCGGGGCUCACUGCGUGUUGCAGAGGCGCCUACAGCUGCCGCUGGAAGAAAAUGAGGAAAGGCGGCGACAGUAAAUGUGCAUGCUGUUGGUUCUCUGUGCUCACCUUCAUCACCCUCCUGACCGUCUCCUGGAUGUACAUUUGUCUGGUCGCACACAACGACCAAGAAGAUCUCAACUGGAAGGCCUUCAUGCAUCUGAAGUGGUGGGUCAACUGGUUCAUGGUGCUGACCAUCACGUCGGCGGUCUUGACCAGUUACUGUGUGCUGCUGCUGUUGUUUGCCCUGUUCCAAGUUGCCCUGAAAGAACCACUCGACUUACAUUGGCUUCAUAAGAUACUCCUUUUCUUGAGUUUGCUCUUCAUCUCCUUGGGAAUCGUCGGGAUAACCCUUCAGUGGAAACGAGAAUGGCCGACCGUUCUUCUCUCGCUGCAGGCUACUGCUCCUUUUUUGCAGUUUGGUGCUGUCGGAGGUUUGCUUCUGCUGAGUCCGUUCGUCUUCCAGAGAUUCCACAUGGCCAAAGCUAAAUACUCACAGUUCCUGAUGGCAGCAGCCUUUGCUGCAGUGUCGGCGCCCAUCCUCCUGUGUCCUUUGCUGGUCCACUCACCUUGUCUCAUAGACUACGGCAGCCUGCCCCCAAAACCCAAGCUGAUAGGCCACAGAGGUGCACCCAUGCUGGCCCCUGAGAACACCAUCAUAGCCUUCCAAAGGAGCGUCGCAUGCGGCGUGACGGCCUUCGAGACAGACGUGCAGAUGAGCAAGGACGGAGUUCCCUUCUUGAUGCACGACCAAGGCCCGGACUUUUUGAGGCGGACCACUGACGUGGAAGACAAGUUUCCGGGCCAACACAUCAAUUCUAGCAGACAGCUGACGUGGGAGCAGUUACAGAGCCUGAAUGCAGGUGAAUGGUUCCUGCAGACGGAUCCUUUCUUCUCACUGUCCCAGUUGUCUGCAGAGGACAGGGAAGAAGCCAGCAAUCAAACAAUACCUUCUUUAGUGCAACUCCUACACCUUGCUGAGCGCCACAACGUCUCCGUUUUAUUCGACCUGUACAGUUCUGGCCAGGGAUCCAAUGUAGUACAAACCAUCCUGAGCUCCAACGUGGAACCAAGCCUGGUCCUCUGGCUUCCUUCUGAUGGGAGACCCUACGCAAAGUCAAGGGCUCCAGGGUUCACCCAGGUCUACGACGAUGAAGGACACAUGCGUAACGGCGGGGGAGACCACCUCAAUCUGCACUACGGCAAGCUGAGCAUGUCAGAGAUUGGAGAGCUCCGCAGGCGAAAUAUCUCACUGAACCUGUGGGUGGUCAACCACUCCUGGCUCUUCUCGCUCCUGUGGUGUGCCGGGGCCAGCUCCGUCACCACCAACACCUGCCACCUGCUGGCGGACAUGGAGGGUCCCGACUGGGUCUUGCCUCCUGGGACGUACACCGCCAUGUGGAUCACAGUGGACGUGGUUUCUAUGGUGAUGAUGGUUCUAAUCUACUUCCUCAAGCGGAAACCUUGCUGCUGCCACAGAAACGAAAUGGCGACGGCGGAGGAUGAAUGUGCAUGUACGAGCCAGUCUGCCCCGCAACAGGAGGGUAGGAGAAAACAGAGCUUUUUGACUACAACGGCGGACGAGCGUAAGGCACUGUGGGCACAUUCAGACGGUAUGUGUACACUUUCCUCAACUGGUGAGGGCACAAGAUGGGCAAAUUCCAUACAGGUCAUUUGAAGGAAGUACAAACCCCGUUUCCAUAUGAGUUGGGAAAUUGUGUUAGAUGUAAAUAUAAACGGAAUACAAUGAUUUGCAAAUCCUUUUCAACCCAUAUUCAGUUGAAUAUGCUACAAAGACAACAUAUUUGAUGUUCAAACUCAUAAACUUUAUUUAUUUUUUUUGCAAAUAAUAAUUAACUUAGAAUUUCAUGGCUGCAACACGUGCCAAAGUAGUUGGGAAAGGGCAUGUUCACCACUGUGUUACAUGGCCUUUCCUUUAAACAACACCCAGUAAACGUUUGGGAACUGAGGAGACACAUUUUUUAAGCUUCUCAGGUGGAAUUCUUUCCCAUUCUUGCUUGAUGUACAGCUUAAGUUGUUCAACAGUCCGGGGGUCUCCGUUGUGGUAUUUUAGGCUUCAUAAUGCGCCGCAAACAUUUUUAAUGGGAGACAGGUCUGGACUACAGGCAGGCCAGUCUAGUACCCACACUCUUUUACUAUGAAGCCACAUUGAUGUAACACGUGGCUUGGCAUUGUCUUGCUGAAAUAAGCAGGGGCGUCCAUGGUAACGGUGCUUGGAUAGCAACAUAUGUUGCUCCAAAACCUGUAUGUACCUUUCAGCAUUAAUGGCGCCUUCACAGAUGUGUAAGUUACCCAUGUCUUGGGCACUAAUACACCCCCAUACCAUCACACAUGCUGCCUUUUCAACUUUGCGCCUAUAACAAUCCGGAUGGUUCUUUUCCUCUUUGGUCCGGAUGACACGAUGUCGAAUAUUUCCAAAACAAUUUCAAAUGUGGACUCGUCAGACCACAGAACACUUUUCCACUUUGUAUCAGUCCAUCUUCGAUGAGCUCAGGCCCAGCGAAGCCGACGGCGUUUCUGGGUGUUGUUGAUAAACGGUUUUCGCCUUGCAUAGGAGAGUUUUAA